AUGAGCCCCGCGCCGCCGGGGCCGGAGGGCAGUCCCGCGGGGAGCCCGACUGCCGACACGACAAUGAGCGAGCUGAUUGGCGGGCGGUACCGCCGCAUCCGGAAACUGGGCAAGGGCUCGCAGGGCAGCGUGUGGGAGUGCGAGGACGUCACCGCGGCCCCCGGCGCGCCGCGCGUGGCGUGCAAGACCUUCCCCUUGUCGCACUCCGCCAUCAUCGACAUCCGCGCGGAGGUGCGCGCGCUCGAGAUGGUGGGCGACCACCCCAACGUGGUGCGCCUCGUGGAUUUCAUCGUCGAUGCCGCCGCGGCGGAGGUGCAUGUAAUGAUGGAGCUUGUACCGGGCGGCGACCUUCUAUCGGAGGUGAUGCAGCGCGGUCCGCUUGCCGAGCCGCUCGCCGCGACGGUUUUCCGGCAGAUUGCGUCGGCCGUCGCGUACUGCCACGCGUCGGGUGUGAUGCAUCGGGAUAUCAAGCCGGACAAUGUGUUGCUUGUUCGCCCGCCGGAAAACGCGCCGGAAAUUGCGGACGCGGUGGAGCGUGCGACGGUACGUGCGACGGGAGAUACUGGAGACGGAAAAGCCCGGGCGAAGAAGCGACAGCCGCUGGGCGACAUUACGAAUCUCCCCCGUGCGACUGCUGCGACGAAUUCAUCCAAGCUACCAGGGACGAACAAAACCGUCGCAGCUCCUCCCGGUGGGCCGGGAAAGGCUCAGCAAACUCAAUCCUGGAGCGCGUACCUUCCGCCGUCAAUCGCGGCGACGCACGUGGGAGCGGGGCGGCGAAUCUGGGGAGUGAAGCUCGCUGACUUCGCGCUGUCGACGGUCGUUAAAGGUGGUCUCAACGGAAAGAAGGCGGACCUCGGCGCGGGCACGCGGCAGUACAUGGCGCCGGAAAUGGACCAGGCCGCCGCCGCCGCCGCAGCCGCCGCAGCCGCUGGCGCUGCUGCUGCCGCCACUGGAGGGACCGGCGUUGCCCGAUGUGACAGUAAAGGGGGCUCGUACGGGUUGAAGGCUGACGUGUGGAGCCUCGGAAUCACGCUGUGCGCUAUUCUAACGGGGCGACUUCCGGCCGUCGAUUCGGCGACGCUCGCGCUUCACGAUUCGCUGCUGAUUAACUUCGUGUCGCCCAGUUGGAAAGGCAUCUCCGCCGACGCAAAGAAUCUCGUCCGUCGGAUGCUGCGCGUGAACCCGGAUCAACGGCUGAGCUCGUUCGAGGUGCUGGAGCACCCGUGGCUGAACCAGAAGGCGGUGCGGCGGCUCGACAUCACGGCGCGCUGCCCCUCGCUGCUCUUCUCCGCGUCGCUCCUAGCACCGCCCUUCCAGCCUGCCGCGUGUCGUCUCAUGGCGAGCGCGGGCGGAGCGGCCGGCAGCGGCGUGGACGUGGUUGAUCUGCUGCCCGGCCCCAUCUGGCACAUCAUCUUCCGCCUCCUGCUGCUUCCGCCAGGCACUUCCGGUUCCCCUCAGCUGCUGGGUCGGGUCGAGACUUUCGAGAUCUCAUCCGACGUGGCGUUCGAGUCAACCCGGGUCGAGACGUUGGAGAUUUUAUCCGACGACUCGGAAUCGGAGGAUUUCCAGGCAGCAGGCAGCGCCAGUCCAUCAUGUCCAUCAUGUGCUCUUAGCAGCCCACGUUUUUCCCAAGUGCAGCAUCAGGAGAACACGAGGCGCUUCGGCUCCUUCUGGCCUCUGCUGCGAUGCGCCAUGGCCAGCAAGAGACUCCUUGGCCAUCUCAUCUCCUUCUCCGAACUGAAGCCCAUCUCUCUUGCAUACGACAGUGAGCAAACCCAAUGGACAGAAACGAUCUCCUUCGUCCUCGGAUUCCCAGGUUACAGGUCCCUUGAUCUCACUUUCAGGAGCUUGCAGGAUCUGCAGAGCCUCUGCAGGCUCAUGGAAUCGUCUGCAUACACCCUCACGAGCCUGCGCCUUGGGUUCAUGGAUGCCUAUGACUAUGAAUCGCCAAUCCAACCGAGGGUGAUCAAUCCGGCGUUUCUCAGGAGUUUUGACCAUUUGCAGCAGCUGACUCUCGGUCGUGGAGAGUGGCUCAUAGGCCACCUGGAAGCUGCUUGGUUUAAGGCGCUGAGGAAUCUGACCAUUGACUAUUUCGAGUGCACCAGCCAAGAUCUGGCAUUUCUCUCGGCAAUUACACCACAGCUGCACGAGUUGUCUCUUUCCUCCAAGACCCGCCGCCCGUGCCGCCUCACCGAAAUCAGUCUCGAGUUCACUGCUGCUCGAGUCAUUGCAUUCAGAUUCGAAUAUCAACGGCUCAACCUUCGCUUCGCCCUCCCUGCCUGCUUGAAGGAGUUCACCGUCACAGCAGCGGCACUGGAGAUGAAUUGCGAGUGCUCCAGCCCCCUCUCUCUCGACUCGCUCGCUCUGAUUGGCCGCACACAGCUUAUCGUGUCUUCUCUCCCAUUGGAUUCCGCCAAAGAUGUCUAUUUGAACGGGCCAACCACCGGCGUGCGGUCCAGAUUGCAUGCGCGAGAGAUGUACGGCUUUGUUGCAAGAGGCUACGAUUACGAUGCAAGAGGCGGCGAUUUCGGUGCAAGAGGCUACGAUGGUGAUUACUUUGAGGCCACCUCUCAGCGUGUGUUGGAUGCCACACAGCUCUCCUUGACACGGUUACUCAGCAGCAUCGCGCCAACAGUGGAGACGCUCACAGUGAGGCAUGGCUUGCCGCUGAAGGAGGUGCGUGCGGAAUGGAGCUGCCUGCGCUGCCUUGCCAUCGGUGUGGGCGGCAGCAGACUUGGUAGUGAGAGGCCCACGUUGCCAACCGCGGAUGCUGAGAGAGGAGAGAGCAGCAACAGCAGCAGCGGCGACGUGUAUAAAGAAGAUUUUUGA